GAAACUUAUAAGAUGGAGAAUUGCAAAUGGAUCAAGGGUGGACUUUUGGCGGGAUUGGAAAUGAGACCGUCCUUCCACUAGUACAGAAGAGGGUGGAGCCGGAAGAUGCUAAUUUGAAGGUUGGUGACCUUCUAGAUGAGAAUAAAGACUGGGUACUGUCUCGCCUGAAGACCCCAUUUCCAAGGAAAGUAAUGAGCAGGAUCUGGGCCUUACCUGUGGACAGAAGCAGUGGUGGAAGAGAUGUCUUGCUUUGGGGGGCUUCUAAAGAUGGGUCCUUCUCAGUCAAGUUGGCUUAUGACCAUUCGGAAGAUGAUAAAGGACCUCAGCCGAGCAUGGGAUUUAGGUGGAUCUGGAAAUGGAAGGGGCCCCAGCGCUUAAAGACUUUUUUGUGGCUGGCCUUUAGAGACAGACUGCUUACAAACUGUCUCAGAAAGAGAAGAGGAAUGGCCCAGAGUGCUCGGUGCCCAGUCUGCCAAACUGAGGAUGAAAACGACAGGGAGACCUGGCUUCAUAACAACGUCUCGGGAAGGAUGAGGCCUGAUAAUGACUCUCAGUGCUGGUCUCUAGUUUUUGUCAGGCCCGCAACAGAUUUUUCUUUUGAAAGCAAGGCAGUAGAAUCAGCCACUCUGAAGUACCUCAUCAGUCGAACCUGCAAUGAAGUAGUGCAGGCCCCAAGUAAAGACCGAGAAGAAGUUAUAGUUCUUGUCAGAUGGGAGCCGCCGACAGGGGACUGGGUCAAGCUUAACUUUGAUGGAAGUGUCAUCUCGGUGGGCUGGAGCUGGUGGGCUCAUCAGGGGUUCCCAAGGAGAAUGGCUGGGGGGUUUUCAUUCGCCUUCCAACGAGGACUCUCUCAGGUCCUAGUUUUCUGGGAAUCUCUUUUGAUCAUCGGGUGAAUAAGCUGGUCCAGCAUCAACAUCAUCCCCGGGCACUGGUUGUUGUCCCUCGCCUCUGGCUUGAAAGCAAUAAUUGAUCGGCAUUCUG